AUGCGUGUAUCUUCUAGUAUUUGCAGCAUUUUGAUUAUUUCUGCCCCAAUCGCUCUUUUUCUGACUGAUGUAUUCUAUGGAGACCCUAAAGCACGUGAUUCAAAUCUGAUAACACGCUAUAUAACAAUCUUAGCAAAUACUACAUCAAUUUUGUUCGCCCGUGAUUCGACAUUUUUAGCUUCAGAAACCACUACAAACCCAGCGCCUAUGAGUGCCGGGAUUCAAACGCGAGGAUCGUAUGCGAAUACAAAAAGUUUACCAGUUCCAGAUUUACCACCAUCUACUCUGAAAACUACAACUAAACCUGUUAUCACCGCUACGAGAUCAACUGCUAGAAUCACUACCACUACAAAACCGGCUACAGCCAGCACUACCAAAGCAACUACGAAAGCUUCGACUUUAGAACCACCAGAGGCUCCUACUAAAGCAUCAACUGCUAGAACUAUCUCCACAACUGAGACUACCACUUCUCCGCCAACGACAACUGUCACUCCUCGCACAACAAGAUCAUCGACUGCUAGAACUGUAGCCACAACUAAAACCUCACCAUCUACUCUGAGAACUACAACAAAACCACCUACUACCACAACGAUUGCUACAACAAGAAUCACUACUAAGACAACAACUUCUCCGCCGCCAUUUACAACAACAGUCACUACUACUACAUCAGCUGCUAGAACUAUUGCCACAACAACACCUAUAAAAACUGUUCCACCGGUUAAAGUGUUCGGCAAAGCAAUCAAACCGAUACCAACACCUGGAGAAAACAUCCUCGAUUUUGAGUAUGAUAUUGUUAAAGACAAGUACUCCCAAAGUCCGGAAAAUGGAUUAUUUUCUCAAGUUUAUGAUGUGAAGAACAUCCGACGUAUCAGAGAUACUAAUACAAAUGAGGUUUAUUUUGGCUUGGUCGAUGGAGCUGAUCAUGGAACUAUUUCGUGGCGCUUUGAUAAAGAUUUAAAUAACAACAAGAUUGGAAGAGUAGAUAUCGAAGUUCGAGAUGAUGAAGAAUAUAGUUACAAUGGCAAAGCAAUAGCGACUUUUUGCAUAGCUGAUGAAUGCUGGAUCAUUCGUAGAAACUCGGUUACAAGUAUUUACGAUACAAAACACGGCCAAAUCAACGUCAUAUUCAUUUUGACUGGUGGCGACGCACAAAUAUUUAGGAGAAGUUUGGGAGAGGAAGCACAUUUUCCCAGUUGGAAGUUGACAGUUCACACAAGUGAGUAA